UUAAACGAAAGCGCGGGCAGCUUCGAACGGUCAUAACGUUUUACCUGUACCUUCGUUAUCUAUGUAACGGUAUUAAGAAUCGUAAUUUACGACAUUACCAAUGUAGAUUUUCGACAAUUAUACUUAAAAAUUUAAAGCACUUCCAUUAACACUCGUAGCUGUACACACGUUGAUCGCCAAUGCUAUCGUUUAUUGGUACAGACUGGACAUUGUCUCUGUUACAUGCUGGUUCUUAUCUGAAUAUUGAUGAUAUUUUGGCAUCUAAUGAACGCACGUCAUGUCGCGUUCGUGUACUACUUCCAUCUUUGGCACCACUGCUACUUUCAGAUGUCAAAGAUAAAAUGCAUGGUGAAGGCAUUAAUGAUGGUUACAAAGCGUCAGAUGACGUCCCAGUAGGGAAAAGGAUUGAGCUACCAGUUUGGCUAGCUAUCGCUAUUGGUAGCGGUAGAAGACAAAUACUGAGCAUCGAAUUACCUCCAAUUUACCGGGAUGCCUUUACUGAAGUAUUCGAAGCAGAUCCUUGUGUGGUCGACCUCAAAAGAAAAGGGUCUAUGUAUUAUAUGUUAUUAUGCAACUUAUUGAUGUCGGGUCAUGUUCGAGUACCACAAAUUGUUGCUACUGGCACUAAGGUUUUUCAAUCACGAUUAAAGAUGAUUAUGGAUGCCUCACUCAAUGCUUCUCGACAGGAUACUUUGUCAUCUACAGCUAAAUUCGACUCCUUGGAAAUGGCUUUAUUUCGGAUAGGUCAAACAGACAGAUUACAAUUCGAACGUUGGAUUUCACGCCAUCAUGUAAAGAUUGAAGCUUUAAGAACAGUCCGUCCUGUAUUUGUGAAAUAGAAUCAAUGGAUUGAUUUAUUGUUCAAAACUCAUUUCAUUCAAAGAAAGAUUCUUGUCGCUCUUAGUCUUACGAUCUUUAUUUAUUCUUAUUACAUGAUUAAUUAUGAAACAGUUUUUCGGAAUUUAUUAAAUUUAAUUGUUUGUGAAAUAAUGUGGAUCUUUGUAACUACUAUUUUUAAUGAUUAGUGUACAAAUAAAGCUUACUUUUUUCAAGUUUCAGAUGGUCAAAAAUAUUUCAUUCAUGAUGAGAUAUUUUUCUACUAUUUAUGUUUCAUGAUAAUCUAAUUAGUUUCAAUCUAUCCGGGAAUAAUUUUAUUCAAAGUCGGUCACUUGUUUCUAUUUUAAAUGUAAUAACAGCGGUUCAAAGAAAUUUCAAACGAUAUUUUUAAUUUUAUUGAAGCGUUUUAUUAGCUUAGAUAUUCCAUAUCUAACCCGGAAAUCACGCGUUUAUGUUUGACUACACAUAUCAACCGUUGACCUAUAUUACUUGUAUUCGUGGAAAGCUCCUAGGUCUCAUUUUUUUCUAGAUUCCAUACGAAACAGAACUGUUAGUGUCGUGAAUAAUAUUUCUAUUUAUUAUUUAUUUAAAACAUAAACAUCGG